CCAACAUGGCGGUGAGUGCAUAUGAAACCGUAAUGAAAAUGGACCAGGGUGAGAAGAAGGAGAACCCCAUGAGGGAGUUGCGUAUUCGCAAGCUGUGCCUGAACAUCUGCGUUGGUGAGAGCGGUGACAGGUUGACCCGUGCCGCCAAGGUGCUGGAGCAGCUCACAGGCCAGACUCCUGUCUUCUCCAAAGCCCGCUACACUGUAAGAUCCUUCGGUAUCCGUAGGAAUGAAAAGAUUGCAGUCCACUGCACUGUUCGUGGUGCCAAGGCUGAGGAGAUCCUGGAGAAGGGAUUGAAGGUGCGUGAGUACGAGUUGAGAAAGAACAACUUCUCAGACAGUGGAAACUUCGGCUUUGGUAUCCAGGAGCACAUCGAUCUGGGCAUCAAGUACGACCCCAGCAUUGGCAUCUAUGGCUUGGACUUCUACGUGGUUUUGGGCAGACCCGGUUUCAGCAUUGCUGACAAGAAAAGGAAACGUGGACGCAUUGGCUUCAAGCACCGCAUCCGCAAGGAGGAGGCCAUGCGCUGGUUCCAGCAAAAGUAUGAUGGCGUUAUCCUCCCCGGCAAGUAGAGGACCACCUCUUUUGUUUAUAACAAAUAAAUAAAUAAAAUGAAAAGCCCAA